AUGAAUACAUUGACACCCGAGGAGCUGGAACGGUUCCAGAAGCUGUCAAAUGAGUUCGAGCCAGAUAUCCAGGGUCCUCUGGUGUCUCAAAAGCAAUCCAGCAAUGCAAUAGCCUUGGAAUACGCAAAUGCCGAUCCAAAUUUCUCUGCAAAAGCCAGUGCACUGGCGGUCACGCAUCCUAUGUCACGUAUUAUGAAGGGUGAUGGGAAUUGUGGUUGGAGAGCGGUUGCCUUUGGAUACUUAGAAAAUCUUUUUGCUCUGCGUGAUACUCUCAGAGUCCAACGUGAACUAAUGCGGGUCAAGUCGUUGUCUACGCUUCUAAACCAAGUUGGCCAGCAAGAACACUUGUACGAGAUGUUCGUGGAUGCAACGGAAGAGGUCCUUACGAAAAUAUCACAGGCCAUCCAAAAUGGCAUUCAAGACGAAUCAUUCCUCGAGGAUGCUUUUAAUGACGAAUACAACUCCAGCGCAAUUAUCUCACACUUCAGACUCCUGACAAGUGCAUGGAUGAAACUGAACCCUCAACGGUAUCAAGCGUUCCUCCCCGUGCCCCUUGACGAGUACUGCGCAACUAGGGUAGAAACCGUCAAGUCGGAGAUAGACGAAGUCAGCCUACAAGCACUGGUCGAUGGUGUCAUCAGCGGGUCUGGUUUUGCAGUCGAAAUUCUGUACCUAGACCGAAGUGAGGGAGAGGCGGCAACACUUCACCUGCUGACCCCCAACCAGCCUAGUGUUGCGACCAUCCGACUUCUGUAUCGUCCAGGCCAUUAUGAUAUUCUUUACCGACCAGAACAAAUUGUGAAUAUGGCACCUGUCAUGGUCAAUUAUCAGUACGCAGUGGCUUCUAACUAUCCCCCCUGGGAUCAAGGUGCUCUCUCAUUCGACCUGAACUCGCAUUUGAUGGCAAUUCCGGGUUUGGCGAUGGAUCUGUCGUUCCCUUUUGCUCAUGCACCGACCCAGAUUGCCUCUGUUCCUCCGGACACACAGUUUCGAGUGUCCUCACCCCAAGAAGUGUACCAAUCACCUAUUCCUAUCCAACCUGCUGCUCCUGUCAUACCGGUACUCUCUCAGAGAAAGACUCGCCCGACGCCACCGCCGUCGACGACUUUGUCGAAUAGAUCAUCGGAAGGACCACAAAUUCGAUUGAAUCCUCUGGUCAUGAAGCCUAACCUUCGCCGCUCUUUCCCGGUCACAUCUGUCAAAAGUUCACCCUACAACCAAGCACAUUUCCAAAACCAAGAUUUCGAGCCGAUUCAUUGGGAUCCCCGCGAUUCUCGCAAAUGA